AGAAACGCACCCUGACAUGUGGGCUCCUGUGGUGCAAUCUGGUGCGGCACUGGAGUUGACCCGGCAAAUUGAUUACGCGAUUAUUAAACAGCACGAUCGCGUCAUGAGAGAAGCCCUGAUGCCGCCUUCAUUUGAAGCUCCCCCGUCCCGUCCCCUCUCCUCGAAGGCAAAGAAGCCAAAGCCGAACACCUCACUUUAUCCGCCGUCCCGCCGCCACUGCCCGCUCCGCUCCUCCGCCAUGGGCGACACCGUAGCGGACGCGCCGGAGCCGAGCAGGUUCGGCAGGAUCUGCGUCUUCUGCGGCAGCAACCCCGGCAAUCGCGCCGUCUACGGGGACGCCGCGCUCGACCUCGGCAAAGAGCUGGUGGCGAGGGGGAUCGAUUUGGUCUACGGCGGCGGCAGCGUCGGGCUCAUGGGCCUGAUCGCGCAGACGGUUCUUGACGGCGGCUGCAGUGUCCUAGGGGUGAUUCCAAGAGCACUCAUGCCGCUUGAGAUAUCUGGUGCUAGCGUUGGAGAAGUAAAGGUUGUCUCCGAUAUGCACGAAAGAAAAGCUGAGAUGGCGCGACAAGCUGAUGCCUUCAUUGCUCUUCCUGGAGGGUAUGGAACAAUGGAAGAGCUGUUAGAGAUGAUAACAUGGUCACAACUAGGAAUUCAUGAUAAACCAGUUGGAUUACUAAAUGUUGAUGGUUACUACGACCCGUUGCUCAUGCUAUUUGACAAAGGGGCGACGGAAGGUUUUAUUAAGCUAGAUUGCAGAGAUAUAAUUGUUUCAGCACCAACUGCCCAUGAAUUGCUGGAGAAAAUGGAGCACUACACUCGGUCACACCAGGAGGUUGCCCCACGGACGAGCUGGGAGAUGUCAGAGCUGGGCUAUGGAAAAGCACCGGAGUCAUAGCAUACGCUUACCAAGAUGAAAUCGUUCGAGUAUGUUCUUCGUCUAGCAUAUAGUUGUUACUCGACUGCAGGCAUCGGCUUUCAAGUAUCAUCUUUUGAUCUACCAUUUUAGUUGUCACUCAUGGUACCUGUGCGCUCAAUUGUUACUUCAUCUGAUGAACAAGAGUAUAAGAAUUUGUAUAUGUUCUUCAACAUUAACGGUGUUAGCGAAAUCGUAUAUGGUUACAUUAGUACUUUUGUUCACCGUGGUUACAAUAACACACUUUGUACAAUGAAGGAAUUAUGUUACUAUUGUAAUUUGUGGUCAUCGUUACGUUUUGUUGAAGAAUCUUAAGCACUUCAUUCGGUGAA